AUGCAGGACACCGAGGAGAGCCCGGCGGCCGCUGUGCCGACCGACGCCCCGGGCACCGGAGAGGAGACAGACGGGUCCCCACCGCCGGCGGACUCGCUGCAACAGCAGCAAGAGGAGAAGGGAGAGGGGCAGGAAGAAGACGGAGAGUCUGAGACGCAGCCGGGCCCCCUCGAGCCACCAGCCGCUGAGGAGUCUGCUGUAGCCGCCCAGCCCGAGCAGCCGCCGCCUCAACCGCCUUCAUCUCAGCCGCCGUCUGGCCGCGAAAGCCCAGAGAAGGCGGAGGCAAAGGCCGAGCAACCGGCCGGGGCCGAACCCGAGACAGCGGCGGAGGCCAAGACCGAGCCACUCGCCGAGCCCGGCGCGGCGCAGGAGAAUGGGGAGGCCGCUCCCGCCGUCCCGGUCGAGCUUGAGGACGAGAUUUCCUUCAGCGACCCCGAGGACUUCGUGGACGACAUCAGCGACGAAGAGUUACUUGGUGAUGUAUUGAAAGAUCGGCCGCAGGAAGCAGAUGGCAUUGACUCUGUAAUCGUUGUGGAUAACGUUCCCCAGGUUGGACCAGACCGGCUUGAGAAACUGAAGAAUGUCAUCCACAAAAUAUUUUCCAAGUUUGGUAAAAUCAUCAAUGAAUUUUAUCCAGAAGCAGAUGGGAAGACAAAAGGGUACAUCUUUCUGGAGUACAUGUCUCCAUCUCAUGCAGUGGAUGCUGUGAAGAGUGCAGAUGGAUACAAACUGGAUAAACAGCACACUUUCAGAGUCAACCUUUUCACAGACUUCGAUAAGUACAUGACAAUCAGUGAUGAAUGGGAAAUCCCUGAGAAACAGCCAUUUAAGGAUUUGGGGAAUCUCCGAUACUGGUUGGAAGAUCCUGACUGUAGGGAUCAGUACAGUGUCAUCUUUGAGUCAGGGGACCGGACCUCCAUUUUUUGGAAUGACAUCAAGGAACCUGUUCAAAUUGAGGACAGAGCAAGGUGGACAGAGACCUACGUACGCUGGUCCCCAAAGGGCACCUACUUGGCUACGUUCCACCAGAGGGGCAUCGCGCUUUGGGGUGGAGAAAAGUUCAAGCAGAUUCAAAGAUUUAGUCACCAGGGGGUGCAGCUUAUUGACUUCUCACCCUGUGAAAGGUACUUAGUGACCUUCAGCCCUUUGAUGGACACACAGGAUGACCCUCAGGCUAUUAUCAUCUGGGAUAUUCUGACUGGGCAAAAGAAGCGAGGAUUCCACUGUGAAAACUCUGCUCACUGGCCUAUUUUUAAAUGGAGUCAUGAUGGUAAAUUCUUUGCUCGAAUGACUUCAGAUACUCUUAGCAUCUAUGAAACACCUUCUAUGGGUUUGUUGGACAAAAAAAGCUUGAAAAUCACUGGGAUAAGGGACUUCUCGUGGUCUCCAGGUGGUAACAUAAUUGCUUUCUGGGUGCCUGAAGACAAAGACAUCCCAGCAAGAGUGACUUUGAUGCAGCUGCCUUCUAGACAAGAAAUCCGUGUGCGGAAUUUGUUCAAUGUUGUAGAUUGUAAACUGCACUGGCAGAAGAAUGGGGAUUACCUGUGUGUGAAGGUAGACAGGACUCCCAAAGGCACACAGGGAGUGGUCACCAACUUUGAAAUAUUCCGAAUGAGAGAGAAACAGGUGCCAGUGGAUGUGGUGGAAAUGAAAGAGAGCAUCAUUGCCUUUGCUUGGGAACCAAAUGGAAGCAAGUUUGCUGUGUUGCAUGGGGAAACUCCAAGAAUUUCAGUUUCCUUUUACCAUGUUAAAAACAAUGGGAAAAUAGAACUCAUAAAAACUUUUGACAAGCAGCAGGCAAACACGAUAUUCUGGAGUCCUCAGGGGCAGUUUGUAGUAUUGGCUGGCCUCAGAAGCAUGAACGGUGCCUUAGCAUUUGUUGAUACAUCAGACUGCACCAUGAUGAAUAUUGCUGAACAUUAUACAGCUUCAGAUGUGGAAUGGGAUCCUACAGGCAGAUACAUUGUCACUUCUGUGUCUUGGUGGAGCCACAAGGUGGACAAUGCAUAUUGGUUAUGGACCUUCCAAGGCCGUCUGCUUCAGAAGAACAAUAAAGACAGGUUCUGUCAGCUUCUCUGGAGACCACGACCAGCUACCUUGCUCAGUGAGGAUCAGAUAAAGCAAAUUAAGAAGGACCUGAAGAAAUACUCCAAGAUCUUUGAGCAGAAGGAUCGCCUGAGCCAGUCCAAAGCUUCAAAGGAGCUGGUGGAAAGGAGACGUACGAUGAUGGAAGAGUUCAGGAAGUACCGCAAGAUGGCACAAGAGUUGUACAUGGAGCAGAGGAACGAGCGUUUAGAGCUUCGAGGAGGGGUAGACACAGAUGAGCUGGACAGCAAUGUUGAUGACUGGGAGGAGGAGACUGUUGAAUUUUUUAUCAAUGAAGAAAUUAUUACCCUUGCAGAACCAGAGUAAUUAACAAAACUGUGCACCACCAUAUCUUGUGCUGAAAAGAAGUUUGUUCAUUUUCAGAAAGCCUACAUCAACUUUGGAAUUUUUAAUCCAUAUUCUUACACUCUGGAAGGGUGGAUGCACCAGAUUUUCUCCGUUCUGACACAUUGUAGUGCCUUUAAGUCUUGCUGCCUGCUGCAGUGAGAUACUGGAAAGGCGCUGCUUUUAAAUUUGUAUUCUUGGUUUGUUUUUUUUUUUUCUUUUUUAAGGGUUUGAUUUAUGUUUUGUUUUUUUUUCCCCCCCUUUUUAAAUCCACUACUACCAGUAUUUACUUCCUGACCCCUGUGCAGUACUUACCAACUGGCAGUUUUUGACUUUUGCCAGUAAGGUGAGAUCAUCAGAGCCACCCCUGUCUUACACACACACACAAUGUCUCUGUUUCAGGACUCUUUCUAUGUCCCGAGUGCAUGGACAGGUGUUCAUUUUGUUUGGGGAAAAGUCAACAGAACCAUUCUUUGUAUGAUGUGUUUUAGUGUGCUGAAGCAGCACUACAGUGGGCUAUAUCCUCCUCCUUUCAGAUUGUGAAAGGAUGUCUCUCCCUCGAAGAGCUGAAUAUGGAAAUAAAA